UAGAUGAGAUUCUUCUUGUUAGACAUCACAAAUGUUGUUUGUAUCUCUUUCUUUUUAACUUGUGUUUUGUUACCUUCUUCAGGAUCAUCUAUCCAUUACAUAUUAAUGCUUUUGGGGCUUGACAUGAUUGUUACUCUUUAUUCUGCUUUAUCCACCCUAAGCGUUUUCUUUGUCAUUGCUUAUUUUAUGCAGUGACUAGAUGGUUGUCAUGCGUUUCUUGUGGGUAUCUAUCAUUAUUUCUUUUUUUCUUUUCUGUAAUUAUAUAAAUGCAUUGAUGUUAAUUUAGCACUAAGCUGAAAUGGUUCUGAUUUCAUCAUUGAAAGGGAAUCACGUGUUAGUUGUGAAGCUUCCCUGCACUCUUAUUGUCUUACAAUCUUUUCAUUUCCCCCCAUGCAGCACAAACUGGCUGAUGUAGCUUUAGAUGAAAUCUCAAAUGUUAUUUUGCAAACAUCUUCUCAUUUUUCUGUGUUCAUGCAGUUAUACCUGAGGGCUGAGGCAUAAUGUACCAAAGCAAUUAACAUGACAAAGAAGGUGGAAGCACUCUUCAGUUCAACGCAUUCCCUUUUACGAUACUCCACUUGAUUGCAAGAAAAGAAUGUUGUCAUUGUUCUCAUCCUCACCAAUCAAAUUAAGGUAUGCUUUUCAAUUCCCAAAUUCUGUUUCCCUCUCCGCUCUCCGUCUUUGCUUCCCUUCAACUUCAUCCCUACACUCUCACUCUCACUCUCAGCCCCAAUCACUUGAUGAAGCUGUUGAUUCCUUCACUCGCAUGCUCUCUAUGCGUCGCCCUCCGUCCAUCAUCCAAUUCACCAAGAUUUUGGGAUCUCUUGCCAAGACCAACCAUUUUCCCACCGCCAUUUCCCUUUUUCAGCAAUUGCAAGCCAGGGGAAUCGCUCCCAACUUAUUUACUUUGAAUAUCUUAAUCAAUUGUUGCUGUGGCAUGGGUCGUAUGAAGCUUGCUUUCUCUAUAUUGGCCAAGAUUUUCAGGAUGGGUUUUCAGCCUGAUGCCGUAACGUUGACAACAAUCCUGAAAGGCCUCUGUCUCUGUGGUAAUGUUGAAAAAGCACUGCACUUUCAUGCCACAAUGCUGGCUCAUGGAUUUCACUUUAAUCAAGUCAGUUAUGGGACCUUGAUCAAUGGGCUCUGUAAGACCGGACACACAUCAGAUGCUAUUCAAGUGUUGAGAAAGAUCCCACGACAUGGAAUUGUUCCUAAUGUCAUCAUGUACAACGCAAUUAUUGAUAGCUUGUGCAAGGUUACCCUUCUAAGUGAAGCUUUUCAUUUAUAUUCUGAAAUGCUUGCUAAGGGAAUUUAUCCUAAUGUUAUCACGUACAGCACUCUAAUUUAUGGAUUAUGCCUUGGGGGUCAACUAAAAGAAGCCAUUGAUUUACUGAAUCAUAUGAUGCUGAAAAACAUUACUCCAGAUGCUUCUACCUAUAGUACUUUGAUUGAUGGGCUAUGUAAGGAAGGAAGGGUCAAAGAUGCUAAGAGUGUGUUUGUUAUCAUGAUGAAAAAAGGUGUGAAACCAGAAGUGUUUAUUUAUAAUAGCUUAAUGGAUGGAUAUUGUUUGGUUAAUGAGGUAAAUAAGGCAAAAUAUGUAUUCAACACAAUGGCCCAAAGUAGUGUGUCGCCUAAUGUUUGUAGUUACAAUAUCAUGAUUAAUGGUUUGUGCAAAAGUAAAAUGGUCGAUGAUGCCUUGAAUCUCUUUGAAGAGAUGCGUUGCAGGAACUUGGUUCCGGACAUGGUUACUUACAAUACUCUAAUUGAUGGCUUGGGAAAAUCAAGGAGAAUCCUUUGUGCUGUGGAGCUUCUUAAAAAGAUGCAUGAUAGAGGUCAACCUGCUGAUAUAGUCACUUACAGUUCCUUGCUGGAUGCUUUGUUCAAUAUCAAACAACAUGACAAGGCACUUAUAUUAUUCAAGGAAAUGAAAGAGAGUGGCAUUGAUCCAGAUAUAUAUACAUACAACAUACUUAUAGAUGGCCUGUGCAAAAGUGGAAGAAUUAAAAAGGCAGAAGAGAUAUUUCAAGAUCUUUCCAUUAAAGGCUAUCGUCCAAAUGUGCGGACAUACACCAUUAUGAUCAAUGGGCUUUGCAAAGAGGGUCUGCUUCACGAAGCAUUGGCACUCAUGACAAAAAUGGAAGACAGUGGUUGCUUACCAGAUGCUGUGACUUAUGAAACAAUCAUUUGUGCUCUAUUUGAAAACGUUAUACCUGAGAGAUAUUGUACCAAAGCAAUUAACAUGACAAAGAAGGAAAGAAGAGGCAGAACAAUUGCUCUCCCCAAGCCCCAGCUAGGAAGGGUUGCACAUCAGCCAGGGGGGUAAUCAUGGACCACCUGCAUAGUAGUUUCGUCCACAAAGGGCAGCCAUCCUGCCAAGUAGAAGGAGAUAG